AUGUCGGGGUUUCGUGCGAUCCAUGCGGAGACGCGAGGGGACAGGCAGUGCCGGGGAGACAAGGAAGCGCUAGAGAAAGAAAGGCUCAAGGGCAGACGAGAGGCCUUUGGCAGGUAUCAUGAUCCCGGACCGCUGACUGAGAACACUCCUGGAAGCCUCGGAUAUGCUUCAAGAGCCGAGCGGUUUCAGACAGACGCAGCUGCUGAGCUGAAGAAGAACCGCGAUGCAGUAGUUCAGGCGAGAGAAGAGCUUCUCAGCGUGAAGAGAGAGAGAAACUUGACACGGGAGGAAAACCGUUGGAAACGAGCGGACGAGGAGUUCAACGAGAAGCUUGAGAGGCAAGCGAGCAUGGCCAAUGGCGCCAAGGGAUCGCAGAACCACAGCUCGAUCGCCUAUGACCCUAUAACUCUCGAGUACCACGAGACCCCAGCAGGACAGAAGCAGAAGUACGAGGAUGACCUCACCAGGUUCCGAGCUGGCGUCCGCACCGAAAAGUUGCAUCGACAGAACUCAGGGAGCGGCUACAACCCCAUCACAGUGAGCGUGACGUUGCCAGAGAGUGAGAAGUUGACGUCCAAGCAGGGAGAGGACCUGAGGGCUCCUGUACUGCCUCCCAAGCCCCGCUACCCGAAUUGA